UUAAAAAUGAAUCCAAAACAGAAGAGUUUGAAAUUCGGAAUUCAAGUAUCAGAAGUGUCUCCACAAGAUUUGUGGGAUAUUGUGGUGGCUUUUGAUAUCGGAACAAGUAAUUCUGGAUACGCUUAUUGUGAUAAAAAGGAAAUAAACACGAAAUCGAUCUCCCUGAAUCAAUGGACCGGAAACAUGGUCACAGAUCCGAAAGCCAAAGCACCAACUACAGUUCUUGUUGACAAAAAUAGGUCUUUUCAUUCUUUUGGAUACGAGGCAGAGGACUUUUAUGCACAGCGGGUCUGCGAAAAGGACAACGACUAUUGGUAUCGAUUCAGAAACUUCAAAAUGAUUCUUUAUGAGGAAGCAAAUGUUCAACGCAGUAUAGAAAUCAUGGAUGACUCUGGAAGGCUUUCACUUCCAGCGCUCGAUAUCUUCGGAUGGGCCAUUCAGGGUCUGAAAGAUCACUUUGAAUCCACAGUGAAAGACAGGUUUCUUGCAUUUGAUAAAAACAACAUUUUAUAUGUCAUAACAGUGCCUGCUAUUUGGAAACAAUCUGCAAAACUUUUCAUGAAAGCAGCUGCUUUGAAGGCUGGAAUUCCUGAGGCUCAACUUUUAAUUGCAUUAGAACCAGAGGCUGCAGCGAUGUACUGUAAAUCUCUACCCGAUCAGACACUUACAGAAACAUUUAAACCAAAGAAAAGAUACAUGGUCUUGGAUCUUGGGGGGGGAACAGCUGAUGUUGUAGUCCAUGAUGUUUUAGAAGAUGGUAGACUAGCAGAGGUUUAUAAGGCUUCUGGUGGCGACUGGGGAGGAACAACUGUUGACAGAGAAUUCGAGAAACACAUUAAGACGGUCUUCCAUAGCGAAUCAUGUCUACAAGAGUUGUGGGAAAAUGCUCCAAGAGAUGCCUUUGAUAUGGAAAGGGAAUUUGAAAUGCAAAAAAGACAAAUCAGCAGUGCUCCUGAUGGUAAUAUUCGGUUAAAACUACCACGUAGACUUCAACAGUAUGGAAAAAUACCAUUGAAUGAUUCGGUUACGUUUGAUCAUAUAUACGUGGAAAACUCAAAAUUCAAGGAAUUUUUUGAAGAAGCCAAGGUUCAAAUAAUAAAUCUGAUAAAAGAAAUUCUAGAAGAAGUGAAUCAUUUAGAUCAAAUUCUUCUUGUUGGAGGAUUUUCCUGUUCUAAAUAUCUAUGUGAACAAAUAAAAUCUCAUUCUGAUUUCUCCGGUAUUAAUUUCUGUUGUCCCAAAGAGCCGGGUCUAGCAGUUCUUCAAGGAGCAGUCAUCUUUGGGUAUAACCCAGAGGAAGUUGAAUUCCGUAUAUGUCGUUAUACCUAUGGAAUUGAGGUGAAUCGGGCAUUUGAUAAAUCGAGGCAUCCCGAAGAGAAACGAGAUUUUAUAGAUGGUGAAGUGGUCUGCAAAGACAUCUUUUCUGUUCUCGUAUACGAAGGAGAAAAAGUUAAAUACGAUGAACCAAAAAUUUGUCUUUUAAAGAGCAGUCAUAGGCAAGCAGAUCGAAAGCAAAUACCACUACAAACAGCAAUCUAUGCUGGAAAAGAUAUCAAGAGAGAUAGGCUAACAUUUAUCACAGAUCAGGGAAUAAAACCAGUAGGGAAAAUAACAAACCAACCACCAGAGAAGGGAUGGCCCGACCUCGUGGAGUUUAAGACAAAAGUAUACUUUGGAAGGACAGAGAUAAGAAUUGAAGAAUUGGAUAUCACUAACAAUGUCUUCAUCGAAGCUGAGUUUGAUCUCAUGUGAUACAAAUUUUUCCUAGUGGUACCUUGUUGCCCAAAAAUUGUAAAAGAACUUUCUUUUCAAUAAUAACAAUUUAAAACAAUACCAGUACAUGAUUUCUUCAUGCAGCAUCAUUUUUCAGCGCUA